CGUCGCCGUCUCUCCCUCCACAAAUUCCCAAUCAUCCAUAAUUGAUAUUUUGAUUUAAGCUCCUUCUUCACUCGUCUCAGCUCGUUGCUUUUACGCAGCUAGCAACUAGCAGAGAUGAAAUUAGACGUGGAAGUCUUGAGAUACCUCUCGAAGGAUGAUUUCAGAGUUCUUACUACCGUCGAGAUGGGCAUGCGAAACCAUGAGAUUGUACCUGCAGAAUUGAUUUCCCUGAUAGCUUCUCUUAAGCAUGGGGACACUUAUAAAAUAUUGAAGAACUUGCUCAAGCAUAAAUUGGUGCACCAUGACUCCUCAAAAUAUGAUGGGUUCCGGCUUACCUAUCUUGGGUACGAUUUUCUCGCAAUUAGAACCUUGGUCAAUCGAGGAGUCAUCGCAUAUGUUGGCCUUCAAAUUGGGGUUGGAAAAGAGUCUGAUAUCUUUGAAGUGGCUACAGAGGAUGGUACAGUUUUGGCUAUGAAGCUGCACAGACUUGGCAGAACUUCUUUCAGGGCUGUGAAAUCGAAGCGUGAUUACCUGAGACAUCGAAGUAGUUUUAGCUGGCUCUAUUUGUCUCGACUCGCAGCACUCAAGGAGUUUGCUUUUAUGAAGGCUCUGGAAGAUCAUGGUUUUCCUGUUCCGAAAGCUGUGGAUUGUAAUAGACACUGUGUGAUUAUGUCCCUUGUUCAAGGCUAUUCACUUGUGCAAGUGAGGGAAUUGCAGAAUCCAGAAGUUGUUUUUGAAACAGUUGUCGGUCUUAUCGUUCGUCUGGCAGAACACGGUCUCAUUCAUUGUGACUUCAAUGAAUUUAAUAUUAUGAUUGAUGAUGAUGAAAAGGUGACCAUGAUUGAUUUUCCCCAUAUGGUAUCUGUGUCUCAUCGAAAUGCACAAAUGUUUUUCGACCGUGAUGUUGAAUGCAUCUAUAAGUUCUUUGCCAAGAGGUACAACCUCUCUUUUCAGGAUGAUGCCGAUGAUAAGAAUUCUGCAGAGUCAGACAUUGACGAAGCUGGGAGACCUUCGUUUUCCUCGAUUUCUAAGUCUUCUGGUUGUCUCGAUAAGGAACUUGCUGCUAGUGGAUUCACACGGAAGGAUCAAGAUAAUAUGAAGAAGUUCAUUGAAGGAGGUGCUGACAAUGAGGAAGACGAGGAUGAAGAGCAUGUUUCAGAGACGCAUGAAAACAGCCUCACAAGCUUAGGAUUCUUUGCAGAUAGAAGAUCAGGAAGAGCAAACGAAUGAAGAGGAGGAAAAAAUUGUUGAGAAUCAAUUGAGUGAAAAAGCACAAAGUGGUAGCCUUGGAACACAAGAUGAUAAUGAUGAGGUAUGAAGAAGACGAAGACGAAGAGAAUGCAACAGAGGGUGAUGCAGAGCUGACCAAGAGGCUGAACAAGCACAAGAAGCGAGCAAUAGCAGCAGCCCGUGGGAGGCAGAGUCGAAUCUCCUCCAGAAAUCUAUACGAAGACAAGGGCGAUAGAUCCUCUCAGAGCUCCAAAGUUCAGAAGAAAACUAGUGGCUGGUGAAAUCAGAGGCAUAAAAUGAUAAAUCCAUUAGGGAUUUACAUGCGUUGUGUGGUCAGUUCUUUUGCUGCCUUGUUGUCUCAAAGUUUUGAUAUUUAGGAGAGAGAGAGAGAGACCAGAGGAGAAGAGAUUAGCCUUAAUGAUAUGUAAUCAAUUAAACAGAUUAUCGUUGGUGAUCGAUUUUUAUUUUAUUUUAAUAAUGGUGGUUGGGUGAUCGAAUUAUUUAUAACAAUGAGUAGGUGCGAGCAUUGCUAUGAGCGAGUCGUUGGAGAUUUGAUGGUCCUUGAACAGGAAAUCUAACAUAUACCAC